CUUGAACCGAUUUUUUGUGCUAAUUACUGAAACGUUAUUAUUGAAACGUUUAUUACGUAUAAUAAAAAUAAUUUGUAGCUUUAUAAAAUAUAUAUACAGAUCUCGUUUCGUUACAAAUGACAAAUAAACCGAAUAUCAAGAACAAGAAUGCGCCAAAAAAAACAAAUAGUGAGUCUAUGGUCGAUUGACGACUUCGCAAAGAAGGAAAACCAAGCAAACGUAUUUUAGCAUUAUUACGAGUGUUAAAAUACAAUAAAAUGGCCAAAAGAAAGAAUAAACCAUUAAUAGAUUCAGAUUCCAGCAGCGAGUGUUCAGAUUUAGACUCGCAAUUCUUAAACUUAGCAAAGAAAAAAAAGAAAACAGAUUCCCCUCCACAGUCAAGAUCAAAGGGUAAAUCAUCGGGAAAAUCAUCAGAUAGUGAAUCAGAUUGGGACGAUGAUGAUAAGAAGAACUCCAAAUCUUCGUCAUCAUCAGACUCGGACUCGGAAAGCGAUGCAAAAAGCGAAGCGUCAACAAAAAAAGAACAACCACGCAGCACUCGAAAGACAUCUUCAGAUAUGUCCGAUGAUAAUAAAAAGCGACCCGAGCCAAAAAAGGUUGAGGUCAGAAAAAGCACAGACAGUGGAGGGUCUGAAAAGAAAAAGGACACUUUUAGUGAACCUGAAGAAGGUGAAGUGUCAUCACAUUCAUCGGAUAAUGAUUCCAUUGAUUCUGAAGAGGAAUUUGAUGAUGGAUACGAUGAGAACCUCAUGGGGGAUGAGGAAGAUAGAGCCCGGCUGGCAGCUAUGUCGGAGAAGGAGAGAGAACAGGAGAUAUUCAAGAGAAUUGAGAGGAGGGACCUUAUGAAAACAAGAUGGGAGAUAGAACGCAAGCUUCGUUUAGCUCGUCGUUCCGCCGCGGAGAGGUCCGCGUCCCCCGGCGCCAUCGCGCGGCGGAGGGAGGCGCGGAAGCGGAGGAAAGCGCUGCGAGACCAGAGACAACAGCGCGAGAAGGAGAGGGAGCGCGAGCGGGAGAGAGAGAGGGAGAAACAAGCAGAGGCCGAGGCAGAACAACCCAAAGAGCCUGAGGAAGAGAAGGAUGCUCCACCGGCGAGUCCUGGGGAGAUACUGGAUGAUUCCAAAGAUGCAGAAGCAUCAGAACGGUCAGCAUCACCACUCUUCGGUGCAAAAACAGAAGGUCGCAAACGGAACGUGGACGAUCGCAGACAGAACGCGAUGGCCGCGUUGAGGGCACAGAGAGAUGCCAAGGCGACAAGAGUGGAACACAUCAAGCAGAAGAGAAAAUUAGAGGAAGAGAAGAAUAAGGACAAGGAAGAGGAAGAUGACGCUGACGCGGAAAUAAUAGGCGGCACGAGCAAACAGAGCGUCAAGUUGAAGGCGUCAGAUAUUUAUUCUGACGAUUCGGGAUCAGAUUCUGAAGAUAAUAAAUCUGAUAUCUCUCAGAGUUCUGUAAAAAUGAGAACGACUUUGGCUUCAGGACGUCGAAGUUCAACAAGCUCUUCGUCUUCUGGAGGAGAAGAGGAAGAGAAGAAACGCGAAGAAGUAGAAGUCAAAUACGCGGACACGAGGGAUCAGAUCAACAAACUCAGACUGAGCAGGUUUAAGCUGGAGCGUCUGGUCCACCUGCCGUUCUUCGCGCGAGUCGUCAACGGAUGCUUCGUGCGCAUCGGAAUUGGGAACAACAACGGCAACCCCGUGUACAGGGUGGCGGAAAUUAUAGAUGUAUAUGAAACGGCAAAGAUAUACAAUUUGGGCAACACGCGAACCAACAAGGGAUUGAAGUUACGUCACGGGACGCAGGACAGAGUGUUCCGACUGGAGUUUGUUAGCAAUCAGGAAUUCACUGAUGGCGAGUUCCAGAAAUGGCACAAGGCGAUAAAGGACGCGAACAAGAAACCCCCCACCAUGGACUUUGUGCGGAACAAGAUCAGCGAAGUUAAAGACGCUCUGAUGUAUGAGUUCAAGGAAGAAGAUAUAGAAAAAAUAGUGGCAGAGAAAGAGCGUUUCAGAUCUCAUCCUACAAACUACGCGAUGAAGAAAACACAACUCAUGAAGGAGAGAGACGUGGCGCAAAUCAGAGGUGACGAUGAACUGGUGAUGGAACUCAACGCCAAACUGGAAGAGUUGGAGGAGAGAGCCAGCCUGCUGGACAAGACGAGGACCUCCUCUAUACAGAGCAUAUCGUAUAUCAACAACAGGAAUAGAAAGUUGAAUGUAGAAGCUGCCGAGAAGGCCAUUAUGGAAGAGGUGAAAGCGAACAAAGGCAAGAAGCAAGACGACCCGUUCACGCGGCGGCACACCAAGCCCGUGAUGAACUUCAAGUCGCACCAGGGGAACAGGAGUCAGGAGUUCGAAGCGGCCGUCGCAGAUGCUCAGAAACAGAGAGAAGAAGAGCACAAAAUGGCGCGCGAGAGACAAGAACGGGAGAGACUCGUGCAAGCGGAGGAGGACGAGAGAUCGCGAGUGGACAACCCGUCGUCUACGGACAACACGAGUCUGUACUCUCUGCACGACUUCGACAUCAACAUAGAGCUAGACCUGCCUGUGGCGAAGGCCGUUUCCUCCCAACCGAAGCAAGUGACCACAAAAGUGAAAGAGACCGGACCAAAGCGCUCGCUGAACCUCGAAGAGUACAAGAAACGCCACGGGCUUAUAUGAGUGUUGUGCGGACUCGUGCGCGUGUGAUUGUCUAUGGACUUGACUUUACUGCGCGGUUGGAAACACUUUUGUCUGUGGAAAGUUAUUUACAGCUAACGGGUGUUACGUAGUUCCGGCUCGAAGGACCGAAAAUUGAUUUGAAGUAUUAUAGAGGUAUACAUCCGGUUAGAAGGAUCAAGGUUUGUUUAUGGAAAACUUACAGAUCCUGUUUGAAGAGUCAUAGCAAUUGUUUAUGGUUCCGUCAACAACCAUUAUGAUACCCAACAGAUGCAUUCGUCUAAAGGAUCUAAAAUAGAAAAUUACGAUAAACGUGUGUUAGUGUAUUAAUCCGGCUCGAAGGAUCCAAUCGGUUGUCUUAUGAGCUAUGUUUAACAGAUGACUGGUUCGCAGGAGUAAGACAUUGUCAACGCUAGACUAUGAAAUGUUACAUCCAGACUUUAAAUCCGGCUCGAAGGAUCAAACCUGCAUUGGUUGUCUAUGCCUUUCUAUAAAUGAAUUUUUAAAUGAAAUAUAAGGAAUAUUUUAUUUUGUUUGUUCAUGUCUAUUUAAAAAGAUAGAUGGGAUGUUAUAUACAGACUUCAAAUCCGGCUCGAAGGAUCAAACCUACCCUGGUUGUCCAUGUCUUUGUAUAAAAGAAAAUUCACAAAAUAUAGUAAAUGUUUCAUUUUAUUGUCUAUCUAUAUCUAGUUAUAAAAGCCGGCAUAAAAACUCAUCUAUUGGUCGUUAGAGUAUGCAUUCGGGGUGCAGGAGAUUUUCUGUACUCACAAGCUAUAAAUCCAACACGCGGAAACCAUUUUCAUUAGUCGAUGGGACCAGAGUGUUUUUUUGGGUAUCGAACCCCGCAUUCCACACCGGAUGUAACUCGCGAACUGGAAUCCCCCAGCUUAGCGACUGCAAGGCCCUGGAGGAAGGUUUGGAAGGAGUUGAGGAAGGAGAAGGAAUCGGGCAUCUUAGGAUGGGCGGAGGGAAGAAGGGAGAUGUUCGCGAGCCCUUAUUGACCUCAAUAUGAAUUUGGCAACUAUGAGGUAAAAACACUUAACAGUGUGCCUAGGGCCACGACAAAUGUCCCCCCGUGGGGUGCAUGCGGUGUGGAGACACAGAGUACAAAAAUUGCCGAGGGCGGAGGACCGAAUAUUUUGGUUCAGACAUACUAUAGUGCCAAUAUGAGGAACCCUUCAUUAUUCAUUCUCCCAUGUUCGGAGAAAUCCCCCAUGCGGCAUAACGAGUUAAUAUCCAGGGAAAUAAGCCAUUAUUCGACUGCCUCGGUGGCGUAGUUGUAUUGCACGUCCGGUACAAUAGCGCUCUGAGGUCCUGAGUUCGAAUCCCGGGUCGGGCAAAGUGAUAUUUGGGUUUUUCUGCUCAGUAUCAGCCCGGAGUCUGGAAUUUGUGCCCGAUAUGGCGAUAGGCUCGCCCCCUAUCACAUCAUGGGACGGAACAUACUUGGCGAAAAGUGGGUGCCCUAGUUGCGCCUCUGCAUACCCCUUCGGGGAUAAAAUGCGUGAUGUUAUGUAUGUAAAUAAGCCAUUAUGAUUGCAACUAAUAACUUCGUUCGGUCGUAACUUUUCAACAUAGCAUAUUGACUGUCUAGUUAAGUCUGCUCUUGAUUUUAAAACUUAAUUUCUGGACUAUAAAUCUAUGUCUAAACGUAGGCUGUGACAAAUACUUUUAUAAUUGUUUUUUUACAUUAUAAAUAGAAAAUGUUGUUUGUCUGCGUAUCGAUUGUCAAAGUGUUUCCAACCGUAAUGUAGAAAUAAUAAGUACUAUUUAUAAAUAGCUUUAAUUAUAAUGUUAGUUGUAAUCGAUUUAUGAAGGUACAUUUUGUACCGUCUUUUGUUACGUUUAGUUUGACAUUAAUUCGAGUUAGGUGUGUCGAUUGUAUCGAUUAUUCGGUAAUGGAUUUGAAUAAUCCGUUUUUAAAUCGAUGACUAGGUUUGAGUGACUAUGUUUCGGUCAGCUUAGAAUCGAUUAAAAUUAAUCGUUUUGAUGCUUAAAACGAUUUUAAAGUAAAGUCGAUAUUCCUAAUUUGAGUACGAACAAAUAUGUUAUUCGCUUUUGAUCAAAGCUUAAGUAAUUUUAAUAAAAACGUUAUUAAAAUGCGUAAUAAUUUAAUUAAUAAUAAAAUAAUUGUUUACGAAUUACACAAUGUAUGAAUAUUUAUUUACCUUGAUUAUGAAAUGUAUGGAUGUGAAAAUUAUGUUAAAUAGCAAAUAAAAACUUAUUUGUGAAACGUAAUCUGAUGAAAACUAUCGCAAAGCCAUAGUCGCUAAAACAAUAUUGAAAGCAUUGACAUAACUACUUCAUAAGGGGCCCCUAAAAUAUGUACCUACAUAGUUUAUUCCAGCGAUCUUUAGGUCCUUUGAAAACUUAAUUUAACAACAUUUGGGGGUUCCUUGAAGCGCGCAGUCCGCGGUGUUAAUGUUAAUUGGAAACUUCGAGAACAAAUUGCGUACUUAUAUUUAUCCUUAAACCUUAACCCGUGAUGUAUGGAAUAAAGGAAAACUAAACACAUGCGGUUGCUUCGGACAUAAUUAAUAAAAACACCAUCAAAAUUACAAAAUUUCCCCUUAUAA